AAUGGGAGCGCAGUCAUAUCACAAUUAUCCGCGGCACGGCUCCUAUCGUCUGAUACCGAGGAGGACAGAGAGAAGGAUUAAAGAGAGACUUAACAGUGUCGCAACGGACCAAACGAAACUCUUUUAUUUUCUUUAAACUCCGGCUGGCCACGUUCCUCAGCUCCACUUUGAUUUGGACAUAUUCCGAAGACCCCGACGCGCUCCGUGGAGGGAAAAGAGGUCUGCAAAGACCCGGGCUGGUCUAUCAUCACACCCUCCCUAUCUGCAGAUCUCCAGCUGAGAGGAAACCACAGCCAGGAGUCGGGACGCGCAGGGAACACACCCCAUCCAGGAGACGAGGACGUCUGAGUUUUGACCGUCACCAUGUACCAGUUAUCCUCCAACCAGUCUCAUUACGCUCACGACAGCGGGAGCUACCUCCACCCCGCCGCCAGCUCCCCUGUCUACGUGCCCACCACCCGGGGGGUCCCGGCGCUGCUGCCCACCCUGCCCUACCUGCAGAGCUGCGAAGCCCCCCACCAGCCCCACGGCCUGGGGGGGCACCACGGCUGGCCUCAGACCGGGACGGACGGCUCAUCCUUCCCCCCCAACAGUCCUCACCCUCCUCCCGGCUUCUCGUACUCGCACAGCCCGCCUGUCAGCAGCAGCACGGGCCGGGACCCGUCCUACCACCAGAACUCCUUGGUCUUCAGCUCCCGGGCCUCGGCGGGGGGGCCCUACUCCGGGGCAUACGCCUACAUGGGCCCGGAGAUGGCCGGCUCCUGGAGCCCGGGACCCUUCGAGAACGGGCUCCUCAGUCUGGGAGGCCGACAGGGGGGCAUGUCGGGGAGGAGGUCCAGUCUCGAACUGAUGGAAGAGGUCCCGGGCGAGGGCCGCGAGUGUGUGAACUGCGGGUCGAUUUCCACCCCGCUGUGGCGGAGGGACGGGACGGGGCACUACCUCUGCAACGCCUGCGGGCUCUACCACAAGAUGAACGGCAUCAACCGGCCGCUCAUCAAGCCCCAGAAGCGCAUGCAAACAACGUCUCGCCGAGCGGGGCUGUGCUGCACGAACUGCCACACCAGCACCACCACUCUGUGGAGACGCAACGCAGAGGGGGAGCCCGUCUGCAACGCCUGCGGCCUCUACAUGAAGCUCCAUGGGGUGGCCAGGCCUUUAGCCAUGAAGAAGGAGAGCAUUCAGACCAGGAAACGCAAACCCAAGAUGCCCAAGAACAAGACUUCCAUAGGGGGCUCGGCAGUGUCUGACUCCAGCCCCCCUCCCUCCUUGUCAGAACAAGCCUCCACCAUUAAGAGUGAACCCAGCAUGGCGCCCUCGCCCUACGCCGGCCAGACCGGCACAUCUGUCACUCAGCAGACGUCCUCUCAGUUGGACAGUGCCAUCUCAGGACACAUGAAGUACGAGGAUUACCCCUACACUCCAAUCAGCCAACAAAACUCCUGGUGCUCUCUGUCCCAAGCCUGAGAACCUGUCCACAGGAGAACGCACAACAAACUAUUCCUGGGUCCUCUCUCUGAUUACAGCCAAACAUCUCCGUCACUCAUGGUUGAAACAUACUCAGAGGUGAAGCAGACUUUCAUCUUCAUAUCAGGACUUGAUGUGACGAGGUGAAUACCUGGCUUCAGCAGACCUCACGCCGUUUCCUUUCUAAGGGCUUUUUUAUUCACCUCUUGGCUGUCAGCUGAAGCAGAGUGCUCCUCAACCACAGCCUUGGUGGCCAAUCAGUAAGAGGCGGACCACACAGACUAUGACUCGACGGGUACAUAUUGUAACGGUUGAACUGCGAGUUUUGUGUCGAGCUAAAGCUGGACCAUCUGAAGGAGGCAUCGAAGUGGUUUCUAAAAAGUCCUUACCCUUAAGCUAGGGUCCAACAUAACACUACCUAAAUAUCAACCGCCUAGCUAGAGAAAAGACCACAAGACAAUCAAACGGUUGGGGCCAGUCGUCCUUACAGUGUUUAGUCAGAGCCCCCGUUUCAUUCUCUAAAGGUUCUUCUCUUGUUGAAGGUGCUCGCUGUUAUAGCUGUCAAUAGUUUUUACGCAAUGCUUCCCCAGAAGAUAAUCAAAGUCUAAUACAAUAUGUUAUUGUCAUCAGCAAUGUUAACAAGCUAUGGGAGGGGAGGGGGACACCUUUCUUUAUUGCUGCUGAGUAUGUGUCAUUACCCACGUGUAGAUGAUUAACCUUUAGAGAUACAUUAUUUAUGUUGAGAUAAGGGCAGUUUAAAGCCAUUGCUUACACGAAAGCGAGCCAAUUAUAACUCACAGCUCAUUCCUGCUGUCUUUCAGCAGCACAAUACGAUCGAUAAUGUAUGGAUUUGAUUUGGUUUGAAAAAACAAAGCACCAUUGGUAUACUGUUACUAUGGUUCAUUUGUAGUUCAUGUCGUCUGUAACAUUACUUUUGAUUCAGAGGUCACAACAUCAAAUCAUUUUCCUAAUUACAUUCUGUAUCUUGAAAACCCUUAAACCCUUGAAGAGAAUAAAGUGCAAUGGGUCCAUUAUUUCCCAAAAGCACAUAAUCAAAUUGGAUUGGCUGUAUUUAGUUGAUAUCUUAAGGGAUUUUUACUGUUAUAAUGUUUUGUGAAAUGUAUAUAAACGGCCAGCCCUCUUAAUCCUCUUUUUGAAAUGCUCUUUACAAUCUAUCAAAGGUUAAUAAACCAAUCCCUAAUUUA